UAUUAGUCCUAAUGUUUUGCUCUGAGUUACUGAUCUACAAAUUUCUCCUUAUCAGUGGACUUAUCCCAGCGUUUCUUCUAGAACAUCAUUUCGUUUCUUUCACUGACAGCACACCUUUGACUGUAUUUUUUCAGACUUGUUGAAUAGCACCACCCCGCCCUCUACGUGGAUUGCUUAGUGUUCAAGGUUCAGGAAGAUAAUGAGAGGUGAGUGGCUGACGCAGAGCUUGUGUUAUGUUACCAGAGGAUCAUAUUACCGGAGACAGCAGGUUGGCUGAAACUUUAGCUGCCUUCAGAUCGCUGUGACUUGAAGCAAAACAGGAACUGGGACUAAUAAGAGGAGUUUUUGAGAAGAUUUUCACAACUCACAGACUUCUCACAGACUACUCACAGAUUUUCUGUUGUCUGAAGGUGAGAGUUACCAUGGGUGAGAAGACGCAACCGUCGUUGUUGCUGAUUUUGCUGUGUAUGUCGGGGCUUGUUCCUCGUUCUGCUGCUUUCGUGUUUUGGACAGCCUCGUUGAAAACACAAUAUUAUCACAGCAGCAAUGACACCGUGGUAAAGUCCUGUGAGUGUGGAGUGUAUGGCCGUAACUCUGAAGCGGUGCCAUUCUCAGGCUGUGUGGCUGUUCCCAAAGGAGAUCCCACUGGCUGUCGCUCAGGCAUUUUCUACGGCCGGAACUCCAGCGAGGAUUGGAUCGCGCUGGUGAAAAGGGGCAACUGUACUUUUAGCGAAAAGAUCAACAUUGCCAUGAAGCAGGGAGCAGCCGGGGUGGUGGUGUACAAUGUGGAGGGCAGUGGAAAUAGCACCACUUUCAUGUCUCACCCAGACACAGGUGAUGCUAUCGCUAUCAUGAUUGGCAACUUGCAGGGCACAGAGAUCGCCAACUUGGUGCAAAAUGGAACUGUUGUGAAAAUGUUCAUUAAGCCGGGCAGUGCUCACGGACCUUGGAUGGACACGUACUGGCUCUACUUCCUGUCUAUCGCCUUCUUCAUCGUGACAGCCGCCUCGAUCGCCUACUUUGUGUUCAUCUCCGCAAACCGUCUGUACAGCAUGAGCAGGCACAUGCGCACCGAGAAGAGGCUGAAAUCCGAGGCCAAGAAGGCCAUUGGGCGCCUGGAGGUGAUCACUCUGAAACGAGGGAAUGAGCUCACGACGUCCGACGCUAUGUGUGCCGUUUGCAUUGAGUCCUACAAAGCGGGCGAGGUGGUGACGGUGCUGACCUGCGACCACAUCUUCCACAAAGCCUGCAUCGAACCCUGGCUGCUGGAGAGGAGGACCUGCCCCAUGUGCAAGUGCGACAUCCUGAAGGCCCUGGGAGUGGAGGAGGACGUCAAAGACAACAUGUCUACGAGUUCUCCACCAGAGGUCACUGUGAUCACAGUGACAGGAGGAGACGCUCUGUAUGAAGUCCCACUGAACGAACCCAGGAGCCAUGAACCAGAGCAACAGCAACAUCGCUAUGACAACAGGGCCUUUGAGGAAGACUCCGAGGCUGCGAGAGGAUGAGCAAAAACAACAGGAAGAAAACAAUGAACCAUAACAACUGUAAUCCUUUGAAAUGAACGAGGACAGUGGAAUCAAGGUUCCCAUAAAAAAAAGAAGGAUUUUUCAAAUCCAGACAUACUUAAAACAGAAACAACUUGAAGAAUUUAUGUGAAGAGUAAAGAUGCUGUUAAUUGGGGUUUUGCUAUGUUAUUCCUUUGGUUAUAAAGCAUGAAUGAAUGAGUAAUAGAAUGGUAGUCAGUAGAUGGCAAUGAAAGCCAAUAAGCUGCAGAGUGACACAAGUGUCACUUUUCUGCUUUGCAUAGCAAGCACAGUCGGCAAUGUUUAUGGACUCAAGGUGUGGUAUAGGAUUUGAAUAUCUGUUUGCUGUUGUGGCCAAAUUUCUUCCUGUAGCUCAAGUUAACUCUCUGCAGCUAAUUCACCGAAUCCUCAUGAGCAAACCAAAUGUCUAUUCAUCGACAAACUUGAUUGUUUCAUUUUCUUUCUGUCCCUGUUAAAACUGGUUUAGGUCUUUCCAUUUUGACUCAAGCAACAGCACAUUAUUUACAUACACUCCCUGGUGAUCACGCCCUUGAGUGGAGAAGCAGGAUGGUUCACUUUGCACUGCUACGACCAAAAAAAACAACAGAAAAAAAACCACCUGAAAGCUGUGGAGCUUUGGAAAUGUUUGUGCUGGAACUGGCAUAAGCCUAAAUAUGGCAGUGAAAUGAAUGUCUUCUUCUUAUAGUGGGGAAAUAAUGCAUUAUUGUUCUUUAAAUGUAUAUUUGGGCCUGUUUUUAAUUUAUAAUAUACAUUUUUUGUUAUUAUAAUAAGGCGAUGCAAAAUGUUUGUGUAAUCUUCCAUGUCUAAAGAACUGAUUUCCAAGCACAAAAUCUCUGUCUUCCUGGUUUUCAUUUGACAUUUGAGAGUUUAUUUGGUUCACCUGGUCUUCCUCUUAAUGAGCCGAUAUGAAUCUCAAUAUAGACAUGUUUCUCUGUAAAUGAUGGAGCUUUCUUCUUUCUUUGAUUGGUUUGAAUGUGCUGAAUAUGGUACUUAAUAGGCCUUUCCUGUUGCUGAUUUAUUUUCACAGGUGUUUUACAGAUUCCAGGAGUCUUAAAUUGACUUGUAAACACAACUAUUACUUCUGUAUUAAAUCACAUUGAUGUUUAUAAGAAUUCAAUAAAUCCCUCAAAAUGAGGCCAACUCUGAACAACA